AUGGCAGCCUUAGCUCCAAAGCUUUUCUUUCGCACCCUGCUCUCCUCUAGUGCAAGGGUGGUUGCAUCGCCAUUUGUCCCAGCACCGUUCAACUCGACAGCUUUCCGAGCCAAUGGCCUGAAUGAUCGCGGUCACUCAACGGCUCCAUUGCACCGCGACAUCCAGAGAUCCAAAUCCUCGAACCCACAUCUGACGAAUACGACAUCAACAAAAACCAAUGACUUUCCUAAAGUUGGGGAGAAGUCGGCGCCGCCUGACCUGCUAUCGUCGACGGAUCCAAACUAUCAACCGCGCGAUGCGGUGCCGGGGAAUACAGAGCACAUGACGGGCAGGACAGCACAGACGGGCGAGGGGAGGAAGCCCGAAUUGGAUGUGGGGGAGAUGGAAGGUAUUACGUUCAAGGUUGAGCCAUUGAAGCGCGAAGGGGAGGAUGUUACGACGAUGCGCGCGAGGUUGUUGUAUCAAAGUCGCAAACGAGGCACCCUGGAGUCGGACCUUCUUCUAUCAACCUUCGCGUCCAAAAACCUUCCAACCAUGACAGCCAGGCAGCUAGAGGAAUUUGACAAAUUCCUAGACGAGAAUGACUGGGAUAUUUAUUAUUGGGCAACCCAGGAGGCGGAAGAUCCCUUAGCGACAGAUAAAGCUAAUAGUGCUGCCAGAAGGUCGAGUAUCCCAACUAAGGAUACACCUACCACGACGUGGAAAAGCGGCGCUGCAAAGAGCGGCGAAUGGGCGCAGACUGUGGGCGCGUUCAAACCUGCAUACAGGCCUGUUCCGCAGCGAUGGAAGGACUCUGAGAUCCUCGUGCGACUGAGAGAACACGUUCAUGAGAGAAGUGCAUUGGGCUUGAAGGGCGAGAAGACACAGGGUGGGGGCGGGUUGGGGCGGAUGCCUGACCUGCAUACAUCCAAGCAGUGA